AAAACAUAUUGGUGAAUUCUGAGUCAUUUCUUUCACCUACACCGCCAAAGUCCUCUUCUUCCCCCUUUCAGUCGUAGUCCGCUUUUUGAACUGAACUGUGUCCUCGGCUUAACACACCUACUCUGCUACCGCUCCUCCCUGCUCCCUCGCCACUAGAUCGCUGGAAGCGGCGAAGACGUCGGCUCCUAGCGACCUCGCUCCACCCUCAAGUCGACUGCCCAACUUCGUCAUCUGUCUUCGCCUUCUCCUUUGGAAAAGUGGUCUCCCAGCUGAUGAAUUGACGAAAACGAUUUGGAGUGCUAAAAUUGCGAUAAGGAAUGCUGGAAUUGGCUUAUGUAUCAUUUCUAUUGGUGUGGCACAAAAGACAAUCAUUUCCAUAGCAUGGAGUAGGUUGAGAAGUCAAAGGGAAGAUAAAAGCUCUGAAACAGGAAAACGGAGGUAGGAUGAGGAGUAAAGGGGAAAAAGAGGAAUCGGCAAGGGAUUCCAUAAGUAUACUGGCAGUGGUUUCAAUUUUUACUGUGUUUGUAGUUGGAGUAGUCAUUGGGUUAGCUUCGAGCACACACAUUGAUAAAUACCUGAACUUUCAAACUCAACAGCCCCACACAAACACUGCCUUCCUUGGUUCAGGAAAUAAUUUUGUUUGUGAGGAUUGUUUGAGCAUGGAGAGUUUUAUCCGUCCUAGCACUUUGAAUCAUGGAAUGAAAGAUGAGGAGUUGUUCUGGAGGGCAUCAUUGGUGCCCACAAAGAAUGAGUACCCCUUUCAGCGGGUGCCCAAGGUGGCUUUUAUGUUCUUGACCAGAGGGGCAUUGCCUAUGAUGCCUUUGUGGGAGAGGUUUUUUUAUCGCCAGGACAAGAACAAGUACGGAAUUUAUGUGCACGCCCCUCCAGGGUAUGAGUUCAAUGUGGCCAAUAACUCUGCUUUCUACAACCGUCAAAUCAAGAGUCAGAAAGUUGAGUGGGGAUCAGUAUCACUGGUUGAUGCGGAGAAGCGGCUUCUAGCCAAUGCUCUUCUUGACUUUUCAAAUGAACGGUUCCUUCUUUUGUCUGAAAGCUGUAUCCCACUUCACAGUUUUCCCACUGUCUACAAAUACCUCACUGAAUCACACCAUAGCUUUGUUGAAUCAUAUGAUGACCCAUCACGUUACGGUCGUGGCCGCUACAACCGUAGGAUGAAUCCCAAUAUCAAGCUCCCAGAUUGGAGAAAAGGGUCUCAAUGGUUCGAGCUGGGCCGUAUUUUGGCUAUCAAUAUAGUUUCAGAAACAAAAUACUACAACCUGUUUAAGAGUUACUGUCAUCCUUCUUGCUACCCCGAUGAGCAUUACAUUCCAACUUAUCUUCACAUGUUCUACGGGCCCAUGAAUGCUAACCGUUCCGUGACUUACGUUGAUUGGUCGCUCGGUGGUCCGCACCCGGCAACAUAUGCCGCCGUCAACAUUACUGAAGGCUUCCUGGAGGGUAUAAGGUACAAUGACACUUCUUCAUGUUCCUACAACUCCGGGAAAACGCAACUGUGUUACUUGUUUGCUAGAAAGUUUGCACCAAGUGCUCUUGAACCUUUACUAAACAUAUCUUCCAAAGUGAUGGGGUUUUAAAAGUUUUGACUGAUAUUUUUUCCCUGUUCCUUUGUAAUUUGCUUGACCAUCCUUAUAGAGGAUUUGACAUUUGAUGUGAUUUAGGCUACUUAGUUUCAUUGUUCUCUAUAGGGCAGUGUAUAGUUUAGGAGUUGGUCCAAUAAAUUAGUACCGAAGCAUUCAUGUAUGUACACUAGGUCAGCCCCUCCAUUUUUUUGUUGACUUCCCCCCUUAACUGCAAAAAGCUUCUCAAAAGAGAGGCAUAUGGGAUACUGCAUUUAUUCACCCACCUAAAGAAAGAAGCAAUGCCCCAUUUUCAUUUUGUUACUUGGUUGUUCUGCAUCCAUCUCCAGCAUGUUGGCAAUGAUGGACUGUAAUCCAAUGUAAAUGGAUUUCUUCUUAAUUUUUUAGUGUUUCUUUU